AGGCUGAGCCAAAAGCCAAGAAGUCUUUUUAUUUACGCCUACCUCCCAGCCCCUGGCAAUCUGACUAAUAACAAACUGAGGUAACAAGAAAGACUAGAAAGAAGAGAGAGAACACAGAAGCAGAAGCAGCUUGGAUCUAAAAAUCUAACAAACCAAGAGGGGUCAGUUUAAGCUCUGCUGAACAUCUUGUUUAUUUACUGCAUCCAAAAGCUUGCAAAUGGUUAACUAUAUGCAGAAAAGUCAGCAUAGAUGGGAAGUAUGCUGUGAAUUUUAAUUGAGGAAAAGGGACAACUGCUUUCAGGAUGGUAUACAGUGCACUCUGCCUGAGAGAUUUUAUGUAUUAUUUUUUUUCCCAGUGAAAUGCUCUGUACUUUGUUUUCUGACACGGACUUUUAACUUUAGGCAGCUGGAGCUGUAUAAAAGCUUGCAGCAAACUGAAAAUUUGGAAGAAAGUGUACAUUUUUUAUAAAGAGAACCUGAAUUGCAUUUGAACAUCUACUCCAAUUGUGCAUUAUUGAUCGUGUCAGGGAGUGUUGCUUCUGUACAGAACCUACUGGCAACAAUGAAGGUCUGGAUUUUUAUGUUAUGUUCAGUUGUGGUUGCCUCGGAUUUACUCCAAUCUCAGCCUUCUUUGUCUUCAGCGAGAGGAUCUUGUGAGAAUCUGUGUUCUUGUGAAGAAAAGGAUGAUAUCUUGAUUAUAAACUGUGAAGAAAGAGGUAUCAAAAUGUUAUCACAAAUAAAUGUCCCACCAUCACAGCCUUUCCAUCUUAACCUGCUGAACAAUGGCUUGACCAUGUUACAUAUGAAUGAUUUUGCUGGCCUCAUCAAUGCUAUCUCACUACAUGUUGGAUUUAAUAAUAUUGCAGAUAUUGAGCCUGGAGCUUUUAAUGGUCUCAGUCUUCUUAAGCAACUUCAUAUCAAUCACAAUUCUUUAGAAAUACUUAAAGAGGAUACUUUUCAGGGACUGGAAAAUCUGGAGUUUCUUCAAGCAGACAACAAUUUCAUCACCGUGAUUGAAGCAAGUGCCUUUAGCAAACUCAACAGACUUAAAGUUCUUAUUUUAAAUGACAAUGCCAUUGAGUUUCUCCCUCCUAAUAUAUUUCGCUUUGUGCCAUUGACCCACUUAGAUCUUCGUGGAAACCAGUUACAGACUCUGCCAUAUGUAGGCUUUUUAGAGCAUAUUGGUCGAAUACUGGACCUUCAGCUGGAAGACAACAAAUGGGCCUGUAAUUGUGACUUACUGCAGCUGAAGAUAUGGCUAGAAAACAUGCCUCCCCAGUCUAUAAUAGGUGAUGUUGUGUGCAACAGCCCUCCAAUUAUCAAAGGGAGCAUCCUAAGAAGAUUAAAAAAAGAAUUGCUCUGUCCCACUAACCCUAUAAAUGAACUUGAAGAUCCUUCAGGGUCCUUGCCCUGGGUAGUAACCACAUCUAUAAGUGAUAGUCACCUACCAGCAAAGGUGAUCCCUGUCCUGAAAGCUCCUACCAAGGAACCAGGUUUAGUGCUUCAUGCCACAAAGCCAGCUACUCAGCUUCCAGGAAUAUACUGUCCUGUACCCUGUCACUGCACCAGCCAUAUCCUGUCAGGAGUUCUAAUUCACUGCCAGGAGCGAAAUAUCGAAAGCUUGUCUGAUUUAGGUCCCCCUCCUCCAAAUCCUAGAAAGCUUAUUCUAGCUGGAAACAUUAUUCAAACAUUGCUGAAAUCAGAUCUGGUGGACUAUGCUAGCCUGGAAAUGCUUCACUUGGGAAACAAUCGUAUUGAAAUCCUUGAAGAAGGAUCAUUUAUGAAUCUAACAAGAUUGCAGAAGCUAUAUCUAAAUGGCAAUCAUCUUACAAAGUUAAGUCAGAGUCUCUUCCUUGGUCUUCAGCACCUUGAGUAUUUGUAUCUUGAAUACAAUGCCAUCAAGGAAGUUUUGCCAGGGACAUUUAACAUGAUGAUAAAACUUAAGGUGUUAUAUUUAAACAACAACCUUCUUCAAACUUUACCACCGCAUGUUUUCUCAGGGGUGCCACUAGCCAGGCUAAACCUCAAAACAAACCAGUUUACCCAUUUGCCUGUGAGCACUGUCUUGGAUGAACUGGAUUUGCUUGUACAAAUUGAACUUGAGGACAACCCUUGGGACUGUACUUGUGAUUCAGUUGGGCUGCAGCAGUGGAUACAAAAGUUGAGUAAGAACAUCGUGAUGGGUGACAUUUUCUGUAAAUCCCCAGGGCACCUAGCAAAAAAAGAAUUGAAAUCUCUGAACACUGAAGUCUUAUGCCCAGGACUAAUAAAUAGCCAAGCCCUACCAACCCAUGCUAGCUUUAUAGUUGUGACAACUUCUUCUACAACAACCAAUACUGCGAUCACUAUUCUUCGAUCACUUACAGAUGCUGUCCCACUUUCUGUUUUAAUCCUAGGGCUCCUAAUUGUGUUUAUUAUGCUUGUAUUUUGUGCAGCAGGAAUAGUUGUCCUUGUUCUGCAUCGGCGGAGAAGACACAAAAAGAAACAGGCAGAUGAACAUAUGAGGGACAGUAGCCCAGUUCAUCUCCAGUACAGCAUGUAUGGUCACAAAACAACACACCAUACAACUGAGCGUCCAGCACCAACUCUCUAUGAGCAACGCAUGAUCAGCCCCAUGGUUCAAGUUUAUCGAAGUCCAUCCUUCAGCCCCAAACAGACAGAACAACAGGAGGAGGGAAAUGAAAAGGAUGUGAAUGAUUCCAAACAUCUCUGCAGAAGUCUUCUGGAAAGAGAGAACAAUUCUCCUCUCACAGGUUCAAAUGUCAAGUACAAAUGUACAGACCAAUCAGCUGAAUUUCUGACCUUUCAAGAUGCCAGCUCUUUAUACAGAAACAUUCUUGAGAAAGAAAGAGAACUCCAGCAGCUAGGAAUCACUGAGUAUCUAAGAAAAAAUAUUGUCCAGCUCCAGCCCGACAUGGAAGUACAUUAUCCUGGAACACAUGAGGAGCUAAAGUUAAUGGAGACACUAAUGUACUCCAGACCAAGAAGGGUGUUGCUUGAGCAGACUAAAAAUGAGUAUUUUGAGCUCAAAGCUAACUUACAUGCUGAGCCUGACUACCUGGAAGUCCUGGAACAGCAAACAUAAAAUGACAUUACUUUGGAUUGGGACAGAAAAUCUGUAAUUCUAUUUUAAAUAAGAACAUUGUAAAUAAAAGUGCCUUAUAAUAA